AGGCAAGCGUAAUCGUUUUGUCGCGUAAUUCAAUUAAAACAGUUGUUCAAGUUCAGUCAAAAUGGUUAAAUUUCUCGUUUUUACGGUUCUGUUAAGCUUUUCUGUGACGAGCUUUGCUGCGGUGACCCUCUCACCGGAGUUUCUUAAAGCGGUUCGUCCUAUUCGCGAUACUUGUCUCAAAAAGUCUGGCAGCUCGGAUGCGGCAAUUGAAAAGUUCAUAACCAGCAAAGGACCAGGUGCUGAAGAUGCGAAGCUCAAGUCGUAUAUGGGCUGUGUUAUCACUGAGCUUAAUUUAGUCGAUGCCAAUGGCGAUGUGAUGCUCGAACAGUUAUUCCAGAUGCUGCCAGCAGAAUUAAAGGAUGUAAUUAUGGGCAUGGCGAAGGAUUGUAUGGUCUUGCAGGGUGCCACAUUAAAUGACAAACUCUGGUGGCUACAUCAAUGCUGGAAGAAAGCUGACCCAGCCAAUUAUUUCAUGUUAUAAAAAAGAAUUACAAGUUUUUUGUAUGGUUUUGGGAAUUAGAAAUUAUAAAUGCAAAUCACGAAUUAAAAAUACUAAAAAAACUAAAUUCGAUUGUGGCACACAAAUUGCAAUUCGAAUGUAAAAUUAAAAUUGUCUAGUAUUAUUUACAAUUACAUGUAUUUAAUAUAUACAUAGAUUUGAAUGCAAACGUUUUUAGUAAUUGAUGGUUAAGAAGACUCACAUAUUACUGUUUUUAGCUAGUGAAUUAGAUUAGCUGCCCUUUUAUUAAAAUGGG